AUGCCCAGGAACCGCGACUUUUUCGACUCGGAAAUACGAGCUCCCCAUUGGUGGACGCCAGAUCUGACGCCGACCUUCGCCUUGCGCGCAGCUGCAAUUACACGGACUUGGUUCGGAAUCGGUCAAGGCUCGACUGCCCCUGCGGCUCCUGGCGGUAUCGGGGGGCAGGAGAGAUACUUGCGAUGGUGGUGGCAGCUCGCGGCGGAUGGAGGUACCACAGCGAUCAAGGAGUACCGUCUGGUCCCGCUCGCCCAUCAUCACCAGUGGGCUGGUGAGGCAAUACCGCGAACUGGAGACGUCAAGUACAAAGCUUAUACCAGAGCUUUGCGACGGCGGCCCCCCAGACGACGCGAGCAUAAGGAGCUCCAGCCUUGUACUCCCGAUGUACAGAAGUGA